AUGCACACCAUGACGGCACUUGACGGGAGUCGAUGGCACUCGAUGGCAUGGUGCCCAGCAUUAUGCAGUAUUGUGCAUCCCAUCAACCAAAGAGGUCUGCCAGACCUUGAGGACCAAAUCAAGCAUCCAUCCAAUUUUAGUCGCUCUCAUCUGUAUAUGGGACUGCCCUUGCUUGACCCUGGACAACUCGACUAUCUUGGCACUUGGGAGAUGGAUUUGUCCAAAUCGGAUAUUGUGCAGAAAUACUGCGUCCACGACCAACGACCACGGGCCAUUCUGGGCAGCAAUUGGCUGUGGUAUCAUCGUUUUUGGGUGCUCCUGGUGCUUGCUAUUCUUCGUGGUCUGACUGCAUCAGCCUCCUCACUCCAUCCCUUCCGCAUGGUAAUACUACCAGUCACAAAUCUGUCCAUUGACACAAAUAUACCGAUCUAUUCGCCCAGUACGCCAAUGCAGGGGCCGAUAGACGGCUUCAAUGGUUCCGUGCUGAUCCAUUGUCCCGAUGAAACGAGACUUGGAUGGAAUUCUGUUCAAAGUUGCCAAGGCAGAAACUACGUCAUGAGGGCUUUAGCAAUCUCGAGCCUCAACUGA